CGGUGAGGAUGAAGACGAGGAUGAAGAGGAGGUGGGAGGGUCGACUUUGAGAUGACAUUGAGGCUGAGCACGAGUUGCUGAUGUUCGUCUGCUGUUGAUCGUCCUCCUCUUCCUCCUCCUCUUCCUCCUCUCGCUUCGCGCCACACAGGACAUUUUUUUCCCGCGCUUUGGACGCCGCGUUUUAAUGGCAGUCCAAUGCGCUGAUUGGACUUUACGACUCGCUCCUCACCGCGGACUCACGCACGUCUGCCGCAAGCUGCGCGUCCUCCUCCUCAGUCGCUGCACGUCCGCGGUGAACGCCCACUGACCACCACCACCGCACCUUCCACCUGGAACCCCCGCCGGCUGCAGACAUGGCGACCAACGGCACCAAAGCGGACGUGGCGGAGGCCGGCGAGGCAAACGACAGACCCAAGUCUGCGCACGUGCAGCCCGACAAGAAGAAGAAAGAGUUGCCGGCUCGAGAAACCUGGGGAGGGAAAUUUGACUUCCUGCUGUCGUGUGUGGGUUACGCCAUCGGACUUGGCAACGUGUGGAGGUUCCCGUACCUGUGCGGGAAAAAUGGCGGAGGAGCCUUCCUGAUUCCAUACUUUCUGACUCUUGUCUUCGCUGGGAUGCCCUUGUUCCUUCUGGAAUGUUCUCUGGGACAAUACACCUCCAUUGGGGGUCUCGGGGUCUGGAAACUGGCCCCUGUCUUCAAAGGUGUCGGCCUUGCAGCAGCCGUCCUUUCCUUCUGGCUGAACAUUUACUACAUUGUGAUUAUUUCCUGGGCCAUUUACUACCUGUACAACUCCUUCACUGCCGAACUUCCAUGGAGUUCUUGCAACAACCCGUGGAACACCGACAAGUGCUACACCAACUAUUCCAUCACAGACACCACUAACCUCACCAGUGCCGUGGUGGAGUUCUGGGAGCGCAACAUGCAUGAAAUGACCGAUGGCUUGGAAAAACCAGGCCAGAUUCGAGUGCCGCUCGCAAUAACCUUGGCCAUCGCCUGGGUUCUGGUCUACUUCUGCAUCUGGAAAGGUGUGGGCUGGACGGGCAAGGUGGUGUACUUCUCGGCUACUUACCCUUACUUCAUGCUCUUUAUCCUCUUCAUCCGCGGAGUCACCCUCCCUGGGGCCAGAGAAGGAAUUCUCUUCUACAUCACGCCUGACUUUGAAAAACUGAAAGAAUCGGAGGUGUGGCUGGACGCAGCAACGCAGAUCUUUUUUUCCUAUGGACUGGGAUUGGGCUCACUUAUAGCUCUAGGCAGCUACAACCCCUUCAAUAAUAACGUUUACAGGGACUCCAUCAUCGUGUGCUGCAUCAAUUCCUGCACCAGCAUGUUUGCUGGCCUUGUCAUCUUUUCCAUCGUUGGCUUCAUGGCGCACGUGACCAAGAAAAACAUUGCGGACGUAGCAGCUUCAGGUCCUGGUCUAGCGUUUCUGGCCUACCCAGAAGCCGUGACCCAGUUGCCCGUGUCUCCACUGUGGGCCAUUCUCUUCUUCUCCAUGCUCCUCAUGCUGGGGAUCGACAGCCAGUUCUGCACGGUCGAGGGCUUCAUCACUGCUCUAGUGGAUGAGUUCCCCAGAGUGCUUCGCGGCAGACGAGAGAUCUUCAUCGCCGUGGUCUGCCUGAUCUCUUACGUGAUCGGACUUUCCAACAUCACGCAGGGUGGGAUCUACGUCUUCAAACUGUUCGACUACUACUCUGCAAGUGGAAUGUGUUUGCUCUUCCUGGUCUUCUUCGAAUGCAUCUCCAUAUCUUGGUGCUACGGUGUGAACAAGUUCUACAACAACAUCGAGGAGAUGAUCGGCUACAAGCCUUGUCUGUGGUGGAAGUUGUGCUGGGUGGUGUUCACCCCCCUCAUCGUCGGUGGCGUGUUCUUGUUCAGCGCCAUACAAAUGGUUCCUCUCACCAUGGGAGACUACGUGUUCCCAGGCUGGGGUCAAGGAGUGGGCUGGCUUAUGGCAUUGUCCUCCAUGGUGCUCAUACCCGGAUACAUGAUCUACAUGUACCUCGGACUCAAGGGCACCUAUAAAGAGCGAUUGAGGAUAAUGUUCCAGCCACCUGCAGUCGUCAGGCGGCCGCAGGAGAACGGUCCUGAGCAGCUGGUGGAAACCAACGCUGCCAACCUUUCCAGCCCCGCCAAUCCAGCUCCUGCCAACCUCGCCAGUCCAAGCAGUCCGACUGCGGUCAACGUAACCAGCCCUGUAGCGCCGGCAAAACCCACUCCGACGCCUGCCGAGCCCGCCGCUGCAGCUGCUAGUCCUUUGAACCCGGCAACAAGUCCCACAAUCGUGACCACCAUCACUACUGCCGCUACCACCACUGCCAGCGCCAGCCCAGCCACUGCUACAGCCAUCCCUGCCGUCCCCACCGCAACAACAGUCAGCCCGACCAGUCCUCCGCCAAACCCAGCUAACCCGACUGAGCCAGUUAACCCAGGAACUGUGACCGUUAACCUGACCACUGCCGAGGCCAACUUGUAGACAACCAAGAACCCCUCAUGGAGCAUGUAGACAAAAGAGAACAUUAAAAGGACUUCCAAGAUUUGAAUUGAUUCACCUACCUCCGAGGGCAAUACGUGAUCCAAACGCAUUUCAUUUUCCUGCCGACGAUGUCUCGUUGUUGCUUUGCAUUCCAAAAAGACUGUUAGUGUCCGUACAUCUGAUCUAAAAAAGCUGUAAAGAUACUGUGUCAUACUGUGAGAAAAAGAAAAAACUACUUAGACUAGAGAUCUGUUGAAUAUCUUCAUGAAUCCAGUGUUUGAAUAUAGUAGAAGAAGAAAAGUGGGCGGUCUGAUGGUGGAUGUUUACUAGACCUCACACUUGUCUCCCUCCCACAACGCUGCUCUCUGGGAGACCACCAUGGAGGUCAGGACGCAGACCAGGAGCUCCUGAGAAGCACAAAGCCAAGAAGAAGUCCAUGUUUAAUCGGACGGAGGACUUCGGUCCAGUCUGCUGGGACGGAGACUCUUUUUUUCUUCCUUCCUUUUGCAGUAAAAAGAAAACUUUGUGUGAUGGAAACAUUUGUAGAAUUCUUUUUAGGACGUUUUAUACUCUCUUCUUGAUAUGAUGGGACCAAAAUCACUAGGCAGACAAAGCAAAAAAAAAAAAAACUUGGUUGGCAGAAGCACAGCAGAGUAGCACGAAGUAGUAACAAAGUACAGGGUUAGAUCCAGUCCGACAUCCACUCAGUCCUGUUUACGUCCCGCAUGCUCUCCUCAGGAACAUCGGCGAAAAAAGUCUGAAACUCCGGACAAAAAAUGAAAAAUGAAACGGCCUUAAGCCAAAAGAGAAAUUUCAAGCUUUGUACAUGACUGGCAACAAAAAACACCAACAACUGGCAACAAAAAACACCAACAACUGGCUACAAAACAACUCUGUCUUUUCGUACGUGAUUGGAUCAAUCCUCGCCUGGUCAACACGUAUUGAUGAAUAUGUAUCGAUCAAUCGUAGCUUGAUUAACACGUAUUGAUGAAUAUAUGCUGAUCAAUCUUAGCUUGAUCGAUACGUAUUGAUAAAUAGGUAUCGAUCAGUCCUACCUUGAUAAACACGUAUUGAUGAACACGUAUCGAUCCAUCCUAGCUUGAUUAACACGUAUUGAUAAAUACAUGCUGAUCAACCCUCGCUUGAUCGAUACGCAUUCAUCAAUGCGUAUCGAUCAAUCCUAGCUUGAUAAACACAUAUUGAUGAAUACGUAUUGAUCAGUCCGAGCUUGGUGAACACCUAUUGGUGAAUACGUAUCGAUCAAUCCCAGCUUGAUCAACACGUAUUGAUGAACAUAUGUUGAUGAAAAUGUAUUGAUCAAUCCUCGCUUGAUCGUUACGUAUUGAUGAAUAUGUAUCGAUCAACCCUAGCUUCAUCAACACGUAUUGAUGAACACAUAUUGAGGAAUACGAGUUGAUCAGCGAGGAUUAAUCAACACGUAUCGAUGAAUAUGUAUUGAUCAACCCUCGCUUGAUCAACACGUAUUCAUCAAUCCUAGAUUGAUGAAUACGUAUUGAUCAACCCUAGAUUGAUGGAUACGUAUUGAUGAAUACGUAUUGAUCAACCCUAGAUUGAUGAAUACGUAUAGAUCAACCCUAGAUUGAUGGAUACGUAUUGAUCAACCCUAGAUUGAUGGAUACGUAUUGAUGAAUACGUAUUGAUCAACCCGAGAUUGAUGAAUACAUAUUGAUCAACCCUAGAUUGAUGGAUACGUAUUGAUCAACCCUAGAUUGAUGGAUACGUAUUGAUCAACCCUAGAUUGAUGGAUACGUAUUGAUCAACCCUAGAUUGAUCGAUACGUAUUGAUCAACCCUAGAUUGAUUGAUACGUAUUGAUGAAUACGUAUUGAUCAACCCUAGAUUGAUGGAUACGUAUUGAUCAACCCUAGAUUGAUGGAUACGUAUUGAUGAAUACGUAUUGAUCAACCCUAGAUCGAUGGAUACGUAUUGAUCAACCCUAGAUUGAUGGAUACGUAUUGAUGAAUACGUAUUGAUCAACCCUAGAUUGAUGAAUACGUAUUGAUCAACCCUAGAAUGAUGAAUACGUAUUGAUCAACCCUAGAUUGAUGGAUACGUAAUGAUCAACCCUAGAUUGAUGGAUACGUAUUGAUCAAACCUAGAUUGAUGGAUACGUAUUGAUCAACCCUAGAUUGAUGGAUACGUAUUGAUGAAUACGUAUUGAUCAACCCUAGAUUGAUGGAUACGUAUUGAUCAACCCUAGAAUGAUGAAUACGUAUUGAUCAACCCUAGAUCGAUGGAUACGUAUUGAUCAACCCUAGAUUGAUGGAUACGUAUUGAUGAAUACGUAUUGAUCAACCCUAGAUUGAUCGAUACGUAUUGAUCAACCCUAGAUUAAUCGAUACGUAUUGAUGAAUACGUAUUGAUCAACCCUAGAUUGAUGGAUACGUAUUGAUCAACCCUAGAUUGAUGGAUACGUAUUGAUCAACCCUAGAAUGAUGGAUACGUAUUGAUCAACCCUAGAUUGAUGGAUAUGUAUUGAUGAAUACGUAUUGAUCAACCCUAGAUUGAUGAAUACGUAUUGAUCAACCCUAGAUUGAUGGAUAUGUAUUGAUCAACCCUAUAUUGAUGGAUACAUAUUGAUCAACCCUAGAUUGGUCGAUACGUAUUGAUGAAUACGUAUUGAUCAACCCUAGAUUGAUGGAUACGUAUUGAUCAACCCUAGAUUGAUCGAUACGUAUUGAUGAAUACGUAUUGAUCAACCCUAGAUUGAUGGAUACGUAUUGAUCAACCCUAGAUCGAUGGAUACGUAUUGAUCAACCCUAGAUUGAUGGAUACCUAUUGAUGAACACAUGUUGAUCAAGCUACGACUGAUCACCGCGGAUUGAUCAUGUAUGUAGACGUAGACGUGCGGGCCAAUCAGCAAGCUUCCUGUUUGUGUUUGUGUUGUGGUUACGUUGCCCGUGCUUUGAUUGGCCAGACGUUAGCAAGGUUGUCAGCACGACGUCAGCCAGCGGCGGAGAAGCGGCGGGUCCGAGCGCGAGGCGAGCGAGCAAAGAUGUUCAUGUCCUGUGAAUUUGUAUUCUUUGUAGAAAGUGACUCAAGCACAGUUUUCUCUGGAACUUUGUCGUAAACGUGUGAAACAUGUACGUGUAAAUGUGUGUAACAUGGAAGUUCAUGUCUCAAUGUUGCUGCAAUAAUCCUUUGGUCACACAAGCACACGUCUUGUAGAAGAUGGAGGUGUCCGUUUUGUACAUGUCCGACAUGAUGUAGACAUGCUGUGUAUUAAUGGUGUCCAUGAUAAAGCACGAUUGUUAUGUUCUACUCAAGACUGAAGAAAUAAACCACUUCGAGAAAAUAUGACAACAAAGUCUUUCAAGUAGCAUUCCGACGGUUCGUAAAACAAACUUGUUGAUCAUGGAUUUCUACUCCAUAGGUGAUCAUGUUCGAUCACGUUCAUGCACAAUAAGGUGUUCCAUUAAAAAUGAACAACUACGUGUACUCUUGACUUGUGUACUUUUCUUGGACUACUACAAGUGUGACGCAACCGAAUAAGGAAAGGAAAGAAGAUAAACGUGGGC